AUUAUUAACCCAGAUGCAUAAAUUUGACACUAUAUAAGGAAAACUAUUCUAUACAGUGUACAUGAUGCAUCAACAAAGACAGAUUGACACAAAACAGAAAGGGAAAUUGAAAGGUAUGGAAGUGUGUGUAUGUAGAAUCAUAGACUUGAUUAUUUAAAAACACCCAUCGUUGAAUAAAAUUGAAACUGACAACACUGUAAUUGCAAGACGUAGUUUGCUUGAUCUUGCAGAUACAGAGGAGAAUGAAUAAGAUUGCUAGAAAGUAGAAAAGAAAAGACCUAUUGCAAUUAGACCAAUUUUAACAAAUAGUAAAUUCAAAUCAAGUCGAUCUUUGAUGUCAUCUCCUUAACGUAAAUGAAUGUAAAUAAAUAUGUAUCAUUGCCAAUGAC